GCGGAUGUUGAUGUUUUGGUUCAUAGUUUACCCAUACUCUGGAUUUUUUCCGUUUUGUCGUGGUACAACCAAGUUUUGCUCGAGAGCUUGUCUCUGUUUUGGAAAUACUGUCUAUCUCGGCGCUUCUUCCGAGAAGCGAGAAGCCGAGACAGGCAAUGAUGGAGGACUUUGACGAGAUCUACGAAGAGGAGGAGGAAGAAGAGGAGGACGAAGACAGGGCCGCGGAGGAGCAGCUACUAAAGUAUGCUCCGGACCCGGUGGUAGUGCGCGGAUCCGGCCACGUCACUGUGUUUGGACUCAGCAAUAAAUUUGAGUCAGAGUUCCCUUCAGCACUUACUGGGAAGGUUGCACCCGAGGAGUUCAAAGCCAGUAUUAACCGAGUAAAUGGCUGUUUGAAGAAGACUUUGCCAGUGAACGUCCGCUGGCUUCUGUGCGGGUGCCUGUGCUGCUGUUGUACACUAGGCUUCAGUUUGUGGCCUGUGAUCUGCCUUAGCAAGCGAACUCGCAGGUCUAUAGAAAAGUUGUUGGAAUGGGAGAACAGCAGACUGUAUCACAAGUUGUGUUUGCACUGGAGGUUGAGCAAGAGGAAGUGUGAAACCAACAACAUGAUGGAAUAUGUCAUACUCAUAGAGUUUCUACCCAAGAUUCCCAUCUUCAGGCCUGACUAAUGUGGGUUUGCCCCACGAGCCUCUGGUGUGGUCUGCCCAUGGUGCCUUGCUUCGGUACUGUCACGGUUGUCAUGUGGCUUCUCUCCAGUUAAACUUUUUCAAGAAGAAACUGGUUUUGCCUCUUAAAUCCCUACCCUUUCUGCACAGACAGACCCUGUUUACACAUGGCCAUUCACAAUAAUGCUGGGGAUUGCCUGGGCAUCUAUAUGUGUUUGGGUUCAUCACCCCCCAAACUGGCUCACCUAGUAAGGAUGGACAUGGAAAAGGCCACAAAAGAUGGACUCCUGCGUCUCACCAUGAACUGGAGUGGUUACCUCCCGAUUCCACACUUCAGAUCUGAUUCUACACACGUUACCCUCUUAACAAAUUUGGCCCUCUUUGUCCAACUCAACUCCUCUUUGAACAGUGAGAGACGACAUUGUGCACCAGCUGCCACUGUUCUUGAAUGCCCUUUAGCCAACGCUCUGAAUUUGAGCAGGCUGGAAUACAGGUGAUUAUCUGAGGAGGAGGAACACUCGAGGAGCCUCUGCACAAUGCAUCUACCCCUAUUUCCCCAAAACACAUUCUCAAGUCCUUGGACCCCACCCUGCUUAACUUCACUGUUAAAAGAGACAAUCACACAAGGACUGCAACUACCUGGAUGCUUGACCGACCUCUAUCCCCCCGCACACCCCUUCUACCUUUCCUUGUUACACACAUUUUCCAGGUGGUUUGUCUUUUUCAGUGACUCAGUGCACCACUAAACAAUGAUGCAGCACAGAAUGGAUUUCUUUUUACACCCCCACCCCAGUCUUUAACUCAAAUAUACAUAUUCUUUCCCCAUCUUUUGAUUUCACUAUGUAUCUCUAAGUUUCUCAUUCUUUUUUUAGUAGUAUUUGGAUCUUUUGUUUACCUGCUCAGUAAGAAGGGCAGCCAUUUUUGUCAUGUUUGUCAUUGUGUUAUUUGAAUGUGUCUGUGUGCUUGUGUGCGUGGGUAUGUAUGUAUGUACAUUUCUCUGUGCAUCUGGAAAGUCAUGCAAAAUAGAGCAGUUGACUAAUUCCUUAUGCAGAGAAAGAAUAAAUAAACCCAUUAAUAAAUACAUACAACA